GAUAAGGCCUUAAUUGCGAUCCGGUUUGGAGUGUCAGCAGAAAAUGGUAGUCUGUUUGACGGAAUYGUCAGAGGCGUCAACAACAAAAAUGUAUUGUAAAACGAUAACAAAAAUCGUUGCACUCAUUGCUGCACUCAUCGCAGUUCAUCCGAUUGCCAGCUAUGCAGAAAAUCAACCAGCCAAAGCUGAAUCGGACUCAUCGUCGUCGCACCGGUUGCCGCGUGACACCCGGCCGUUAGCGUAUGGCUUGCGGCUAGUGCCAAAGUAUGACAAAGGCUCAGAUUCAUAUACAUUUGGUGGCCAGGUGGAGAUCCUUAUUUACAUAAAUUCCAUCACACAAAAUGUGACGUUGAACGCCAAGGAUAUGGAGAUUAAGAGCGUGGCUAUUACUGAGAUGAAGACCCAAACAGACCAGACGGUGGACUCAUACGAAUUAGACAACGAUGCUGAGAUUCUUAAUAUCUAUGCAGCGAACAAUCUAUUGACCGGCCGAAGGUACCAGGUGAAGAUAGUUUUCCAGGGACUKCUGAGAACUGAUAUGACUGGUUUCUACAGGAGCAUGUACAAGGAGAAUGGUGUAACCAAAUGGAUGGCUUUGUCGCAAUUCAAGUCCACGUUUGCYAGGAGAGCGUUCCCUUGUUACGACGAACCUGAGUAUAAAACUCCGUUCAAUAUAUCACUGGGCCGACAAGAAUAUCAGAUGACGUUAUCCAAUAUGCCUCUAUACAACACGCAGAGACUCGAAUAUUAUGGCUGGUGGGCAGAUCAUUAUGAAACGUCACCACCGAUACCAACGUAUUUAGUUGGAGUAUUUGUCGGUAAUUUGAAAAAAUCAGAUGCAAUAGAAGGGAGUGAGGUCGAUGUUUACACAUAUAAUGAUUACUUGAAUCAAGUGCUGUAUGUUACGGAAGAAACGCCAAAGUUGUUCGAAACCAUGUCGAACUACACAGCUAGUUCAAACGAAUUGAAAAAAAUGGAUUUCAUGUCGAUACCUGAUUUUGACGGYGAUGGAAUGGAAAACUGGGGAAUAAAUAUUUAUCGAGAAAGGUACAUGUUGUUUGACGACGAUGCAAAAAUGAAAUUCAAAGAGCAGUCACAAAUGUUGAUCCAAAACCUUAACGCCCAUCAGUGGUUUGGAAAUAUGGUGACCAGUGCGUGGUGGAAUUAUCUAUGGUUGAACGAUGGAUUCGCACGGUAUUUUCAAUAUUUCGCAUUGGAAAUGGUGAAUCAGGAUUGGCGGUUGGAAGAACUAUUCGUCAUAGAGCAACACCAGAUUGCCAUGGAUUUUGACCAGACUCCGAAACACCCGAUGACUACUUCUGUAGAAACUUCUGAUGACAUCCAAAACAUAUUUAAAGAAGUGGUUUGCAACAAAGCUGCGGCAGUUUUAAGAAUGUUAAGAAGCAUAGUAACUGAGAGCAAUUUUCAAGAACCCUUAAAGUUGUAUUUGAAUAACUUUAAAUACGGUGCAGUAACACCAAGUGAUUUGUGGGCGGUUUUUGAAAACUAUUACUUUGAUACUGGAUAUAAGUUAUCAGACAAUGUGCCGUUCACCAAUUUUAUACAAUCUUGGACCGAUCAGUCAGGUUAUCCAGUGGUAAACGUCACUAGAAAUAAAAAUACGUACAUAAUUACUCAGACACAUUUUUCGGUUUGGCCUUCCAACGAUGAUACUACCCGCUGGUAUAUUGGUCUUACCUACACUAAUGAUUUGGCGAGAAAUUUUGACGACGUAAGACCAGUUAGAUGGCUAAAACCUUACACGUCAGUAUUGUACUUGCAUGAUUCAAGUCUUUGUACAUGGGUGAUUUUCAAUUUGCAAAGCACUGGAUUCUAUAGGGUGAACUACGACCUCAAUAAUUGGCAGCAACUUAUAAAACAGUUGAAUGAAUCAAAAUAUACAGAUAUACAUGUUCUGAAUCGAGCACAGCUGAUCGAUGACUCGUUCAAUCUUGCAAGAGCAGGAAUGUUGAAUUAUUCGUUAGCUCUGAACCUGUCGACCUAUCUCAUGAAAGAAGACGAUAACAUACCGUGGUACACAGCUAUCAACUGUUUGUCAUAYGUGGUCGAAAGAAUGCGUCGUAGUUCUGAGGGUUACGAUUACAUAAAGUCUUACGUUCAGAAAUUGGCAGAAUGUAUUUACAAAAAAACUGAACUUUUAGUAGUCCAAUAUUACACUGACGACCACACGACCAUAACGAGCUGGAAUAAAUUUUCUGUAUGGGCUUGUUACUUGGACGGUGAAUAUUGCACGAAAAACGCAAUAAUAAAUUUCAAUAAAUGGACGAAUAGAGAAAGGAUAUCACCCGACAUUAAAGAUGCUACCUUGUGUACAGGAAUUAAAGUUAGUAACAACACUGAUACGUGGCAAUAUAUGCUCAAAGUAUACACGACCACUAAAUCAGCUUCUGAAAAAAACUCAGCUCAAGCAGCAUUGACUUGUUCACAAGACACAACAAUAUUAUAUCGAUUUUUGGAAUUUUUAUUUGACUAUGAUAAUGAUGGUCCAGUACGUUUACAAGAUUUCAAGGACAUAUGUGAUGCGAUGUCUUUGACACCUCAAGGGAUCGAAGCAUUAACGAACUUCUUAAUGAACAACCUAGAACGUAUGCUAAGGCAAAUACCUAMCGGAGAGAGUAUUGUUACUUACAUGUAUAGGAUUUUAGCUUCAAAAGUAGCUCUUGAUGAAGAAAUAGCUAAGUUGAUAAAGUUGAAGAAUGCACCUGGAUUGCCACCAAAAAUUAAAGCUUCAUUCGACGAAUCGUAUGUGCAAGUAGAACAAAAUCUCUUGUGGUAUAAAUAUUACCACACCACAAUUAACCAAUGGACAGGGGCACCGAUAGAACUUAUUACUACUGAAUCGGAUACGACUGUCACAUCGGAUACAACUGUGACGUCGGACACGACUGUGACGUCGGACACGACUGUGACGUCGGACACGACUGUGACGUCGAACACGACUGUGUCGUCGAACACGACCGAGAAGUCACCGGAAACAACUAUGUCGUCAAUUGGUACAACUGGGCCUAUGCAACCAAUGUCGACAUAUCCACAAUUCGAUUUCGACAACCCAACACUAGGUCCAGUUAUAAUAUCCAAGUGUCCCAAUAAAUCUGGUCAGUCGUCAUGUCGUAGUAGUUUGUUUUUCGUCAUCAUCGUUGUUACCUUGGUGACAACUAGGAUCUUAUUGUAUGUAUAGUAAGAAAAUAAUGGCAUCCACUGAUAUUCUUGGAUAAUAAAUUUAAAUAUAUAUUUAUAUAUCACAUUUGUAUCCAUGAAUUUAUUAUAAGUAUUGUCAUUAAAUUAUUAUUGAAUUUUUAUUGUUCUUAAGACUGUGCUUUUGUUUCAAAUGUGUUAUAAUAAAAGAUUGUACCUAAUAUGUUCUAUAUCCAAUUGUUCAAAUUGUUCAAAAUAACAUUACUUUAUCAUGCUUAUAUAUGCAUUGUGAAUAACUGUUAAGUUAACUUAUAAAUAUUAAAUUCUGAAACCAGUUAUACCCCAAUAC